UUCAUGUCUGCCACGGUCACCAGUGAAAAUCAGAAUUCAUUGGGGAAAAAAAAGUUCUUGUUGGGUCCAGAUGACCCCCCUCCCAACGUCAACAUUGGAUUACAACCAUAACCAUAUCUUUUUCUGGUGUUUAUGGCCUUUUCAUUCAGAUUGUUGUGAAUCAGUUCUGGAUUGUGGGGUAUCACCAUUUUAAAAACAAAUAUAAAAAAAUAUAAUUUCUUAAAUUCCAACAGUACCUAAGUAAGGGUGGAAUUAUGUAAAUUUGCUUCUUCCCAUUCUUUUUCAAGUAAGCAAUAAAACUCUACUUUUAAUAAUUACUAUAUUUAACAAAUCAACUGUGACAUAGGUGUGUUUUUGAUUGUUUGUUCUUUUAUUUUCUAAUCAAUGCAUUUUAAUAUUUCUGUAUAGUCCACAAUCUAUGCUUGAGAUGUAUCAGAUCAAUCAAUCAAUCAAUAAAAAAAGGCAGAUGAUGUGGGUGUGGUCAACUUUGUGGCACAUUGUCAGUUUUUCAUAUUUUUUUUCUUAAAAAUUUUUUUUAAUAAUUAUUUUCCUAGGAUAUUUUUUUCUAACUAUUCAAAGUAUUUUUUCUGGUUUUUGACUUUUUUUUUAAAAUCAAAUUAGUUUUUUUUGACACAAGGGAACAUCUAAAACUUGUAUUACUCAAACGUGCUGGAGAGAAAGAGUAAUAUCCACAAUAUACUUAUUUUUUUAUAUUUCAAGUCAACCAAAAAGGGGAAAAAAGGAGAUAAAAGAGUUGAAGACUUUCAGGUUUUUUGUUUUCAUAAUGUUUGGUCCUUUUUACAUUUACUUCUUAGCUCUUUUAGAGAUCAGAUCAACAUUAAUCUAAAAUCAAAAGCAUCAUUAAGAAUUACAUUUUGCUUUUUAUAGUUAGCUUUCAUAGUUUUUUUUUCUUUUUUGGGACUUCCAAAAUGCUGGGUGGAGGAUGUGAAGAGCCAGAAACCAUCCUCUCCAACCACCAGUAAGCCAUGUUCUCCACACCACCUUGGAGAUCUGUAACAGACGGAGUGAGUUACUGCCCUCCUUCUCUAUUUCAGUCUGCAGCCACAUAAUGACAGAGCUGUGUUGAACCCUGCCCAUGCAUCCUCUCCCAGACACCUCCCUCAGCCGGGGGCCUUUAAAAGCCUCCCACACACGGACCAGCACCUUCCACAGACAGAACAUCGACAGGGGUCAAUCACUUAAUUCCUGGCCUGAGUUUUCAUCGCUCACCAUGGACAACCAUUCAUACAACUUCCCUUCUGACUGCACCCCGCUCACCAACUGUAAGUCUGCCCGGAAGCCGGCUGGAUCCACGGCGGUGAACAUGGGCGACGCCGGCAAGUGUCCUCCGCGGGACUACCUGCUGUGGUCGCUCUGCAACACCUUCUACGUGAACUUCUGCUGCCUGGGAUUCAUGGCUCUCAUCUACUCCAUCAAGGCGAGGGACCAGAAGACUUUAGGGAACCUGCAGAUGGCCCAGGAGUGCUCGGACAAGGCCAAGUGGUACAACAUCCUGGCGGCCGGCUGGAACCUGCUGAUCCCUCUGCUCGCCAUCGCCCUGCUCGUCCUCCUGCUCGUCCACCUCGGCACCUCUAAGGGAAACUUCGACUUCUUCGGGGAAGACGGCUUCCAGAAUUUCAUGAAUUUGUUCAGCUGGUAAAUGGGAAAAAGAGGAAGAUGUUUGAUGAAACUUUAUUUUUUGAACCAGCAUAUGAAUAAAGACGUCCGUUAAUAAUCAACAGGUUUGGAGGGGAAAGGAAUAUAAUAGAGGUGUUCAUUUAGAGAUACAGUACUUUUGGAUUGGAAAACUGAUGUUCUGUGACAGUUUAAAAUCUGCUGUGAAAAGAUCUACUCAGAUAUAGUCAGCAUUAACAAGUUGAAGUUAGCUGAAGGUUGGAUCAGCCUAAAAACUGGUUCUUAUUUAUUCUAUUUAUGUUCAAAUGAAUGAUGUAAUCCUAACAGCUGCAUGUGUCUUUGGGAGCAAAGGGAACAUUGGUGCUGCUUUACAAUCCCAAUAUCAUUACUCUUAAACCAUCUUAUUCUCUUUUUACUUAUGUACUUUUAAUCCACUUACAGCAUUUUUGUGUUUUAAUAUUUCAUUUUCUUCUGAGUAAAUAAACAAUAAGUCUUUAAAUAAUAUAUUCUAUAAUCGA